ACGCAGUCGGGUCAUCGACGGUUGUCAAUAGCUGCAUUGUUCACUGUAUUCUGCACAGCAAUGAUGCGAGUACUUGUUGCUUUGUUAGUAUUUCAGGAGGUUUUGAACACUGUUUGGUGUUCUAGGCCUACYAAGCCUAGCGAGAAACUCUUAUUUUCCAAGACAUUACCCAACAAUGUCUACAGUACCGUAUCAAUCACAGGUAACCGAGCAGGCAACAUGAUGCCUUCCAUUGGAAACGGCUUCAUCGGUACGGUAAUCUUUAGCGAUACAGUCCAUGUAUCUGGGUUGUUUAACGGUAAAGCGUACUCUAAAGGUUAUCCAAUCUACCCCAUUAACAGAACACAUCACACACAUCGAGCUAGACUACCAUCUACUUGUGCCAUCAAUUUCACAGUACUUGAUGUGUUAGGGGGCUACACRGCGUAUGGGUUGAACAUCACCGAAGGRGUAUUCUACAGAUGGUUCCAAGCMGAGGAAGGKAACGGUUCUUCRGGUUCUUUGGACAUUGAACAACGCAUUUAUGCGCAUCGUCAAUGGAGAAAUCUUUUAGUUAAUGAGAUAACCAUUAAAAACUACUUUGAACGAAAUCUAACAAUUAAUUUAACCAAUAACUUUGGUGAGYUCUCAAAGGAUAUCGCAUUUACACAAUACACCGUGGAUAAGAAAACAGAGAUGGAAAUGGCCUACGGCAGGAUAUCAAAAGCAGAAGAAGUGGACAGUCUCAAGUCUAAUGUAGCUCUAGCAUUUCACGACAUUCCAGASCAAAUCCAAAUAGCAGCGUCUGACUGGAGAACGUGGUACUUCAUCUCAGCGGCUGCCACUAGUGUUGACACACUAUUUGAUCCUUGGCGCCAGGCCGAGGGAACAUGGAAAGAGGCCUUAAGAAAACAAAGAUAUUUACUAUGGCAUCACAGAAAAGCUUGGGAAGAAAUAUGGAAUUCCGGCAAAAUUGAUAUCGAAGGCAACCUUGAGCUAUCCCAGGCUGUCUAUGGUAGCAUGUACUAUAUUCUCAGCUCGAUCAGGUCUGAUUGGCCUUAUGGUCUAAGUCCGGGGGGUCUAUCUGGGGGAGAGGAAUACAUGGGGCAUACAUUUUGGGAUCAGGAUAUCUGGAUGUAUCCAUUUUUGGUCUUGUUGUAUCCUGAUUUAGCCAGAGCUUCAUUGCAGUAUCGGUACGAACGCUUGCCCGCAGCGAGAAGAAUCGCAAGGAACCAUCGUUACAGGGGUGCMAUGUUUCCAUGGGAGAGCGCAUUAACAGGUCUUGAAACGUCGCCAGGUUCCAAAUAUGGUUCAUUCCAAAUCCACGUGACAGGUGACGUCGCCUAUGCAGCCAAGCUAUAUUGGUUGGCCACCAAAGAUCUUCAGUGGUUGAAACAAGUAGGGUUUGAAUUAGCCUUUCAAACCGCAGAAUUCUGGUCGAGUAGAGUAACUUAUGACAAAAAAAAGGAUCGUUACGUCAUCAAUUACGUCAUGCCUCCUGACGAGUACCAGUUCCCUGUCUAUAACUCGGUCUAUACCAACGUGGUUGCUAAACAAAAUCUGGAAUUUGCUAUAGAGUGCGGAAAAAUCCUAAACCGUUACGUACCAAAAAUAUGGGGAAAAGUAGCCAAGAAAAUGUACAUCCCAUUUGAUGAACAGCUUCAGUACCAUCCCGAGUUUGACGGCUUUGAUUUGACCAAAAAGACCAAACAAGCCGACGCUGUCUUGUUAGGAUAUCCCUUAAUGUACAACAUGAGUAGAGAGGUACGCCACAAUGAUCUCCUCUACUAUGAAAACAUUACUGAUCCUAAUGGCCCUGCUAUGACACAUGCCAUGACAGCCAUUGGAUGGCUUGAGGUCGGAGAAAAACAAAGAGCUGAUAGAGCUUUCUUGAAAAACUACGACAAUUUAAACGGACCAUUUAAGGUUUGGACCGAAAGAAUCAAUCGAAAGGGAGCAACCAACUUCAUAACUGGAGCUGGAGGGUUUCUUCAGGCAAUACUWUAUGGCUAYGGSGGCUUUCGCCUGAGACAAGAUCACAUGGAAUUCAACCCUCAGCUUACUCCUGGUAGUAAAAAGCUURCAAUCACUGGUGUCGACUACCUGGGCAACUCAAUGACUUUUGAGAUCAAAAAGAAGAAAGUUAAGAUAACGUUGACAUCAAACAAAGAAAUCGCGCCAGCACUAGAAGUCGUUGUGUACAAUAAAGUGCACAAGCUAGCGCUAAAAGAACCGAUUCUUGUGUCCAAAGGAAAAGGAAUUAUUAGAAUGAAACAACGUUAGACAUCACUAUGUUUGCUUUAUUAUUGAGUAAAAUCUUUCAUCUCUAAUGUGGACACCCUCUAUCACGACAGAACAAAUGAUAACAAUGUGUUUCUUUCUCUAUUUACUAGACUAGUGGAAAUCUUAUUGUGCUAAAUAAGCCAGUAUAUAUUGAUUAGUUGAUUGACGGAUUAACGACUGACUUAUUUGAAUGAUUGAUUGAUUGAUUUAUUCAGUUUUUAAUUGAUUGAUUGAUUGAUUCAGUCAGUGAUUAAUUGAUUGAUUGAUUGAUUGAUUGAUUGAUUGAUUGAUUGAUUCAAUUGAUUGAUUGUAUUCAGCGGUUGUCCAUAUUAGGGAAGUUAUCAGAUGUAAAUAUUUUGAUGUCAUUUCAAUAUAUUAAAGUUUAAUGUGUGAUAAGAUUGGUGCUUAUCGAGCAAAAAAGAGAAGAAAUUGUAAUGAUACGGUGACUUAAGUUGAAGCAUACAAUAAAUAUCUGAUAUAUUGA